UAUAUUCCUGAAUCUGCCCCUUUUAGACAAACCGAAAUGUAAUAAGUUCUUCCCAGACUCAAACUCUAUCGUGACACAAAGAUGGACUGCACGUCCAUGUCCGGCAUUAAACAUGAAACCUGAGACUUUUGCACCAACAAAGCUUGUUCGCUCUGAUGUGUUCUGCUGCCUCAUGCGUGCAAUAAACAUUGUUUUUCUUCUUCCUGUUGGCCUGAAGGCAACAACAUAUGUUAACCACAGUAAAUGAAUAAUGCAUGUUCGUUUAGACUUUGUGACUGAUGCGUACCUCCCAACAUGCUAUAGUACGCCCCUAAGGCAAAGUUACAACCUUCAGAGUAAUCCCGUCUUUCUGUCACACAGAGUAGAUAAUGGCGUACAUCUCGCACAGCCGCAGAGAUCAAACCUCAUGUGACUGUUAAUCAAGUGAAGUUAGGUUAUUUAAACUUAUUCAAACAUGAAAGAUAUAUAUAUAUAACUACCCUGCAAACCCUGAGGCUAUGUGUUUGAGUUGGCCGUUGUUCUUGUGAAGACAUAUCUUCCUUUGACGGUUGCAUGUAUAUAACUGUGGUUAACUUGUUAGUGUCAUCAAGGUGUAAUUUAGUUGAAUUUCACUAAUGUGCAGUGAAACCAAAACUGAAGGUGGUGGUUUAAUAUUCGCAUGUCAGUGGAGAUUAUUGUUCAGGACAUGAAAUAGAUACUGAACAUUCUUGUAGUUAUUUUUAAUUUUUGUUAUUUUAUGGUCUGUCCCCUCCAGUUAAUGUUUUAGAAAUCCCAACCUUGUCUCUGUAAUUCUUUGUAAGUAAUUAUGUGGUUCAGCUUGAUCUUUUCCAAACACUCUCCUCCCCUCCUGGCAGGAGAGUGAAGAAACAAGACAGAACAGGUAAAACAGCCCCGCGCAGGUUGUGUAUGAUAUGCUGAUGGUUUUCAGGUGGGUAUAUAUGGAACUGACAGAUUGAAGCUUUAAAGCAGUUCAGGAAAAGAGGGACAGCUUCAUUUAAUCGCUUUUUUCUCCAGUCAAACUCAGAUGCCAUCUGUAUUUCCUGUUCUUAGUCCAGGACAUGCUCACACAAACAAACACAGAGUGCUGCGUUUUAACCCCAACCUACCUCUUAACCAAACCGCUUACCAUAAUCUAAACCCAAUUCUAACCAUAACAUAUACCCAACCUUACCCUUACUUUAGCUUUAACCUUAACCCAACUUAACCCUUUAUUUAAACACAACCUAACCAUAACGUUAAUAUAAACUAAAAUCUAACCCUAUCGUAACCAUAAUCUAACCCCAAACUAAACCUUACCCUAACUAUAAUAUAACCCUUACCCUAUCCAUAAUCUAAACCCAACAUAAACCGAACUAUAACCUUAACCCAAACUAACCCUUAAUCUAACUAUAACCUAAACCUAACCAUACCUAAACCCAUUUCCCCUUGACCCUCACACUAAAAGUGAGGACGGACCUCACUCUGAAAGGUCUCUAGACCACAGACUGUAUAUAAAGGGUCCUAACAAAGAUACACGCACGCACACACACUUGUUGGAGAGCCCUACAGGCCACGUGACAGAGGUGUGCAUGUUUCUGCUCAGUGUGAGGGUGGGUGUGUUUUGUCUGUCAGGGUAACACCUGUCGGGCGGUGCCGCCGGCGGGAUGAGUGUGUGUGUGUGUGUGUCUCGUUCACUCCGUCAUGUCUGAGUGCUAAUGGAGCGGGUCACGGGAGGAGCAGCGGACCUCAUGAAGUUGUUGUCGGUGUCUGGAGACCUGCUGCUCGGCUGCUUCGACUCGAGGCGACGCGUUAAUGCGGCUCCUUCCUCCGGAGAGAGGAGAAGUUCCUGAAGUGUGUUCCUCUGAAGUGUUCUGGUUCUCUGGAGGGUUCUGGUUCUCUGGAGGGUUCUGGUUCUCUGGAGGGUUCUGGUUCUGGUCAUGGCUCUGUCCCAGCUCCAGUGUCUUGACGACAACCACGUGAACCCGCGCACGCAUGAGUCCAAAGUGGAGUUCCUGUACUGUGAGGACCAGAGGCUCGCGCUCGAGGCUUUCCUGCGGGAUGGUCGCGAGGCGCUGGUCAAGCUCCAGCAGGAACGAGGCCUGCGGGGUUUCCUCUCGGAGCCGGAGAUGGAGGCUCUGGCCGCGGCGGUGGAGCCCUACGACCCGGGCUCGGAGCUGUACCCGGGGGACGCGGAGGACGACGAGCCCCCGCUGUCACUGCACUACUGGCCCGAGCUGUCGGACACCUCUGUCCCGCAGAUGGACCUGGGCUGGCCCGACAGUGACUCGUACCGGGGGGUGACGCGCGCCACCGUGUACGCGCAGCCACCGCUGGAGGGUCAGACGCACAUCAAAGAGGUUGUGAGGAAGAUGAUUGCGCAGGCGCAGAAGGUGAUUGCAGUGGUCAUGGAUGUCUUUACUGAUGUCGACAUCUUCAGAGAUUUGCUCGACGCUGGUUUCAAGAAGAGGGUUUCUGUCUACAUCCUGUUGGAGCGCACAAGUCUACCUCAUUUCCUGUCCAUGUGUCAGAGGGCCAACAUGCACGCCGGGCACCUCAAGCACCUUCGUGUUCGCUGCUCAGAAGGAUCAGAGUUCUGCACUCGGUCAAGCUAUAGGGUCAAAGGGCAACUGGGACACAGAUUCAUGUUCGUCGAUGGAGCCAAAGCUGUGUCGGGGUCGUACAGUUUCACUUGGAUGUCAUCACGGCUGGACAGAAACCUCAUCACCGUGGUUACAGGCCAGGCAGUGGAUGCCUUCGACCAGCUGUUCCGCUUCCUUUACGCUAACUCCAGCUAUGUUGACCUCCGGCAGGUUGCCACGGAGCCCGCACCGGAGCAAGAGCCCCUCCAACAGCCGGCCCCUGUGGCCCCUCCUUCUGCUGCUGAUUUAAGGAAAAUGUACAACCCUAAAUAUGCCGUGCUUAUGGCAGGGAGCCCUAAUAUGACCCCGUCCUCUGGUCCGAAAGAGCCCCAAAAAUCAGAGAACUCCAAGGACCCUGAAGUCCCGGGAAGCAAGAAGAGGAGGCAGAGGAAGAGCAGUAAAGACGCUCCACAGGAGGCUCCUCCCCUCCAUCCUGGACUUUCCAAUUUAGAAAAUUUAGAAAAGGCAUGCUUGAUCUCAUAUCUACCCACCUGGCCAGAGCCUGACCCCCCUAGUGAUGUAAUUGGAUUCAUUAACAUUCGGGAUGCCAGCAAACCAACUCAGGUCCAUCUGCAGCGAUCUGAGAGGUUUGAAACAAGCCAAGCAAUCAGGUUUAGCAGUCCAUUCAGCAUGCCCAAGGAAAUCCUGCCAGAGGUCGCCCAGCCCAGACAGUUAACUCCUAAUCAAGAGACGGAUAAACACCAGACAACAACACAAACUAAAGCAAACGCUGAAGAGUCUGUGGUGGAUGUUAAUCAGGCAACACAACUGAGUGCAGAGCCUGAUGAUAUCAAAACAAAAGAGAAAUCAUCCACAACGGGGCGAAAGUCUGAACCUGUCAAAGACACAAAUCAGGCUCUCGACGCAGAAGGUGAACUGCAUUCAAACACACCCACCAACCAAGAUACAGGUCACAACACUACACCUCAGCUCAGUGCACACACGCCUUCUCAGUCCAGCAGCAACACAUCCACUCCCAACACUGGCAAGAGUUCACACAGCGCACAAACUUUAACGACAAGCAGUCCUGAGCCACAGUCCCUCCCUGGAUCAAACGCUGAAAAAGAAGCAGAACCUUGUUUAAACCCACAGAGCGCCGCUGUGCACAGGACACACACCCCGGAGUCGAGUGAGUCUGAACAACACACACAAACAAAGACAGAGGUGUCACAGGCAGAUUCACACACGCAGACACACAACGUCCAGAAUCCCACUCUCCACAGCCACAUUCCCACCUCCUCUGCUCCUCCUCUGCAUCCUCCGCCUGUCACUUCCACCUCCUCUGCUUCUCCUCUGCACCCUCCGCCUGUCACUUCCACCCCCCUCUCUGAAAAAAAACACAUGCCCUCCACUACAUCUACUUCUGUGCCCUCCACCAGCUGCUCCUCUUCCGUUCCCCCUCCUCUCUCCUCUUCUACAACGCUGCACCCUCCCCUCCCUCCGUCCUCUGCAUCCCCUCCUUCGACCCUGAUUGCACCCAUCCCCAAACCUCGCACUGUCCGUCUGAUUGUCAAACGCAGUAGCACCAGUGAAGUCCAGAAGCUGCCAGAGGAGAUCCCGGCCAGCACUGGGCCAGGGAGUGAAUCUGAUGCAGCAAAUGUUGCGCAGACGCCUCCACCAGAAAAAGAGCCGGAGAGCGUCCAACAACUGCAGAAGAGUGGAAGCAAAACAGGAGCUCAAGAGGAGGCUGAGAACACAGGAAAUCCUGAAGAAGCUCUACAACAAAAGCAGAAUGCGUCUUCCCAAGAGACGAAGGAUGAUGGAACAGUUGGACCACAUGAUGACAGAGCAGCAACACAAUCAUCCACUGAAACCAAAACACAAGCCCAGUCAGAGUGUUUGACUGCUGACGCACCAAAGGCACAGUGUAUGAAUGUUCAAGAAAUAACUCCACAAGAAGUUGAGCAAGAGAGUUUGACGCCAUCAGAAAGUGAAAUCCUCCCAAAGAAGGAGAGUGGAUGUGUAGCCACAGAACAGACAGACACCAAGGCACCAGAAAAAACCUUCACAGGCUCUGAGUCUGCUGAAGUGCCAAAUGAAAAAGGUGAAGAUGUGAUACAGAGCAGAACAUACCUUGCAAGAGCACAUGAACCUCAGAGAAUAUUAUACUGUGAAGUGAAUGCACCUGAUUCUGCCACAAUGAACGCACACGUACCCAAAGACAGUCUGCAAGGUGUCACAUCAGCACAGCUCACACACAUGAAGCCAAAACACAACACACACAUCAGUAUUAACACUCAAGAAUCUCAACAGACCCCUAAAGCAUCGGCAGGGUCCCACACUCCUGAAAGACCCCAGCUCUCCGACACACACGUGACAGACCGGCAUUCGCUGACUGCUGAGCGACAGUUGCAGCCAAUUAUUUCUCCCGUACGCACCCCCACUCCAGACGGAUUUCUUCCACGCACGCCCACCCCUGACUCACAAAUGCACACUCCAGAACCACGGGCGUUCACACCAGACUUUCGAACACCUACGCCCGAUGGGUAUUUCUCCCCGAGGGACUCAAAUCUCUCCACCACAUCGGACGAGUAUUACGAAUGUAGCAGUUCUCCUUUAAACGACCCCGUGUUCGACAGAGUGGGUCACAACAACUACGGGACAACAGUGGAUCACGAUAGCUUCAUGCACACAAAUCCCCCAAAUACUGCAGCCUGUACUACCGCUAGUCCAGUGUACAUGAAUAAUACUACUUGGGUUGAGAAUGAAGCCGACAAUGAGAAAGAAAAAGAUGUAAAGAUGAUGAAACUCAAAGAUGUUACAGAGAGGAGAGGCCACGAUGAGGCCAUGGCAAGAGAACGGGGACUGGUCGAUGGAGGAGGAACUCUGGGAGAAUUGGCCAAUAACACGACAAAGGGACAGUUCACAAACAGAGCGAGACCAGACGAAGAGCAGGUAGAGGACGAGGCAGCACUGAGACCCAGCGAUGUGCAGAGGACAGACAGACCUCAGUCACCGAGAGAGACUGAGAGACAGAAGGUAUGAAUAGUGAGACAGCAGAUGCUUCCAUGCAGUUGUUUGUAUUGUUUUUGUAUUGUUAAUGAUGUCUCGCUGUAAUAAAACUACAAUCAAGA